GAUCAGGCAAUGCCGCAGACGGCCCUUCGCACGUGGGCUUCCGUAGCGCGUCAGUGUUGUGCGACGGUGACGUCACUGCGCGCGUCUCCUGCGCGCUCGGGUGGCCGCAGCGCAGUCAUGGCGCUCCGACCCCCGACUCUCCGGUUGCUACUGCUCUUGCCCCGACCUGGAGUGCUCAGCCGGGGCCUGGCCUCGGAGGGGCCUCGGGAGCCGCUGCCCGUGAUCCGCGUCCCGCAGCCUCUAAAGCUGCGGCGCGGGACGAGGAUCCGAGACGGUCGCGCGCCGCGAGUUACGGUGCCCCGGCCUGGGCUGCUGCUGAUCGCUGCGCGGAGGCCGGAGUUCAAUCAGCCGGCGCGUCUCACAGUGGGCCGUUGGGAGCGCGCGCCGCUGGCCUCGCGCGGGUGGAAGCACCGGCGCUCGCGUGGCGACCAUUUCUCCAUCGAGCGCACUGCCCGCCAGGUGCCCGCAUUGCCCACUGAGCCCGAGGCAGAGGAGGUGGCAGAAGGCGAAGCCUGCGCUGGCUUCACCGCCCUGGGCCUGCAGCCCCGCGUCCUGGAGGCCCUGCAGCAGGCAGCACCCACCAUCGUGCGGCCUACGUGGGUGCAGCUCCGGGCCGUUCCUCCGUUGUUGCGCGGACGCCACCUGCUCUGUGCUGCUGAGACGGGCAGUGGCAAGACCCUGAGCUACCUGCUCCCCUUGUUGCAGCGCCUGCUGGGCCAGCCCGUGCUGACCUCCUCCUGCCCUGCCCCCCGCGGUCUGGUCCUCGUGCCCUCCCGGGAGCUGGCCGAGCAGGUGCGGGCAGUGGCCGCGCCCCUGGGCCAGGCCCUGCAGCUGUGCGUGCGGUGGAUCGGUGGGGGCCGGGGCAUGGACAGCGUCCGGCGGCACCUGUCCCUACAGCCUCCUGCCGACGUGCUGGUGGCCACACCGGGAGCCAUAUGGAAGGCGCUGAAGGGACAACUGCUGAGCCUGGAGCAGCUCCGUUUUCUGGUGCUGGAUGAAGCGGACACCCUGCUGGACGAGAGCUUCCUGGAGCUAGUGCAGUACAUCUUGGACAAGAGUCCCGUGGCCGAAGACCCCGCCGAACUGGAGGACCCUUUCAAUCCCAAGGCCCAGCUGGUGCUGGUGGGCGCCACAUUUCCCAAGGGCGUGGGAGAGCUACUGAGCAGAGUCACAUCCUUGAGCCACCUCAGCAAAAUCACCAGCCCCAGGCUGCACUGCCUCCUGCCCCACGUGGGACAGCGCUUCCUGCGGCUCAAAGGAACCGAGAAGGUGACAGAGCUGAUUAGAGCCCUCAAGCUCCAAGCAGAGGCUGGGCCCGGGGCCGUUCUGGUCUUCUGCAACAGUUCCAGCACAGUGAACUGGCUGGGCUACAUCCUGGACGACCACAAAGUCCCACACUUGAGGCUCCAGGGACAGAUGCCAGCGGCCAUGAGAGCGGGCAUCUUCCGGUCCUUCCAGAGUGGCCUCAGGGACGUUCUCCUCUGCACAGACAUAGCCUCUCGGGGCCUGGACAGCACUCGGGUGCAGCUGGUGAUCAAUUACGACUUUCCGCCAACCUUGCAGGACUACAUUCACAGAGCCGGCAGAGUGGGCCGAGUUGGCAGUGAGCAGCCCGGCUCUGUGAUUAGUUUUGUAACUCAUCCUUGGGAUGUCGAACUGGUCCAGAAAAUUGAGCUGGCUGCUCGCAGGCGGAGAAACCUCCCAGGGAUCAAGACAACUGUUCAAGAACCUUUACCCCCAAUAGAAUUGACUGGUUAGCCAGUGACACUAAAAAUGCGCUGACUGUGAACAAAGGACACUUCUGGCUGUCCAAGAACGUGAAAGAGCCCUCUUCAGAGGGAGAGGAGGAUUUAAGUGCCAUGAGAAAAGUCUUUGCGUUUCAGAAGUGCCAGUUUUUAUAGGAGGGUUGCCAAACUUCAGUGUUGGAUUUUGUGUAGCUCUACUUAUUAGAGUGAACUUCUGUGCAAUAAAAUCUAAUUUAACUGUUUUGCAUUUAAUGUAAACUACCUCAAUCAUUAAUCACCUGUUCUAUUUGUAUGGGAUGGGGAUGUCCAAAGUUUUUUAAUACAUGAAUAAAUAUGCAAGCCAUGUGAAUUUUCUACAUGGCAAAACGUA